GGACCGACAAGAGACGAGUUUGUCUCGCAUUACAUACAACGGCUUACAAGGGUAUAACUGCCAAUGCAGCCAUCCCCACGGCAUCACUAUGAGCGGUUUAUCGUGGUGGAGAAGCCGGUGGCAUACGAUUCUUACUUUUCUGCGGAGGCGGAGCUCAAGGCUGAACUUUUAUUUGGCCGAGUCUCAAGGUUCGUGCAGAUCGUGAUGUUGCUGCUCGCGGGAUACUUGCCGCACUGCUCUGUAAGCAUCAAGACCAGACGGCUCGGUCUCUGUCCGAUUUUAUACAUUUUAUGCAAAUAAUGCCCUAGGCACUCACUACCAAUUGCUAUGCACGCUGGUCUCAUGCGAUCUGAUUUGAUCAGCCUUGCCGGGCUUAAGCGCCCUGCUUGACUCGGGCUACACCCAAAUAUAGCGCCGCGCACGGACAGCCUGACCAAGGACGAACGGCCAACAACGAACACAAUGUGAAAAACAAUGCAAACUACACAUCAUCAUCAACAAUGGCCGGUGAUUCAUUUUCUCUCAAAGUAAAGCGCAUCUUUAGGCGCAGUGCGCCAAAGACAACAGCGCCACCAUCGCCGGCGCCGGCGCCAGCCUUUCUUCGUAUCGUCCGCACCGCAACGCUGGUCGAGAAGCUGCGCCAGAUGCGCAUCGAAAAGGCGGCAAACAAGUCUUGUCUGUUUGAGACGCUGCCAGAACAGCUCCACCGGCGUAUUCUGAGCUACGUACCCAUGGACAGCCUCUUCAAUGUGGUGCUCAGCUCGUCGCUCUUCUAUGACCAUUUCGCGAGUGACACGCUGCAUGUCAUGGCUGAUUCUCUGCAAAAUAUGCUGCGAUGCUCCUCGCUCGACGCAUUCACAUCGUACAAAUGUGGCUUUGAGUCAUUUCGUGACGCUCGUGAGCAGUACUGUGUCAAGAUGUUUCUGGAGAUCUACCGCAACCGCCAAGGCGUCGAGACAUUCGCACUGCGAGACCGGAAAAUCACGGAAAAGGACUUGAUUGAAAUGUACAAGUUUCAUGUCAAGGUCAUUGAGCCGCUUGUGGAUCAGUAUGCUGCGUGGGCACUGCGCCAUCUCGAGUAUGAAGCAGAUAGCACCGACAUUGGCGGCGCCAUCAGUGAGACGGAACGGGUGCGCAUUAUCCGCGCGCUCUACCGCUUCGAGAUUGGCUGCAACGUGUGCGCAGAUACAUCUGGGUACUGGGUAUCGCCGCCGCUGACGCCAGACGAGUUUACUGUCCAGUUCUUCUUCAACUAUGAGGCGUGGGAGGUGGAGGAGAUGCUGUGCGUGGCGGACUUUGUGUUUGAAAAGAUGAGCAAGGUGUUUGACGAGGUGGAAAACGAUCUUGCGCCUGGAUGUGAGAGAAUCGGUGGCAGUGAUGGGUCAGAAACGCCUGUGGAAGCGUUUGAUCUGCACAACGACCGACUCUUCCUGUUGCCUGGCACGAUAUCAAGAGGUCUCGCGUUUGUCAAGUCUACUGACAACAAGAAACACGAUGACCUGGUCCGUUUGAUGCAGGCAAAGCUGGUGUCGGGAGAAAACUUCUUCUUCGCGGAAGGCGGUGUGUAUCACGAGCGCAUGUUUCGAACCGUUCGCGAAAUAACUGGUGACUUGGAUCGGUACAAGAAGCAACAGGACCGCGAAGCUCUUCCGUUUAAGGGCGACCGCAAUGUGUUUACGACAGGGCCCGAUGUGCCGUAUGCAUGGACGUCGAUAUGGAAGGAGACAUACAGCAGCGUGUUUGGAUGCAAGAUACCACGAGACCUGCGGCCAUGGGGGUACGUCAUGUGGGAUGCGGAGCGAAUUAAGAGAAGUAGGGUCAAGGAUUUGCUGGAGAAGCAAUGGGAGUUGGUCUACUGGAGCCAUGAUCCGCGGGAUCUCUUUUGUUAGCCGUUUGUUGCAGUGUUAAUGAUUAGCUAUGUGUCACGCUCCACCUGUCGUUGAGAAAUCAUUGCUG